AUCGGGUACCUACCUAAAAAAUAAAAAUAAUUUUAGCCACGUCCGUUUUGAAAUUCCGGAAUUUCCGUCGGAUUCGGUCUGAUUAGUGUCGUUCUGGAGAAUAUUACGCAGUCUUUAUGUUGUACAUGUUUGUUAGACAAAAUUUCCAACAUAAAACGCAGGUGUUUCUACCACGUCGUCGCGCAAUCGGUGACCCACAAAAAAAGAAAGCUUCUAGCUCUACUAGCCACCAUUUUCAUCAGUAGGAUAAGAGUGAAUCAAUUAUGGAGUAUCACGAAAGGCAUUAAACCACCACCCCCCUGCCGGGGUCAGCACCUUUCGGAAGAUAGUUUCUGCGGUUUUUGAGAAUCGGGUGAACCCGAAAAGAUUUUAAAACGUCCCGCUCCAGGGAAAAAAUCAUUUGCUCACAAUGGCCGGAAGCAGCUUGUUGAGUGUUUUCUUGUAUAAGGCAGCGAUGGAAAAGCGUCGACAUUUUUGGCGGAAUACGGUCAAUACUGUGGUUCCGAUUGUUUUCAUCCUGAUCUACGCAUUUACCCGUUCUGGAUUCCAACGGGGCGGGUCCAGUAGCAGCAGUGCCCUGACAUCAUCGGAUGAUUCAUUGACGCAAACUUUAUCACAGGACGAUCUAGUGGAGUUCUACCCAACCGGGCCGCACGUUAAGUUAUUGUAUGCUCCACACAAUGGCUUCACCGAGGAGUUGAUUGAGCAGGUGCGCCAAAAACUCUUCAUCACUCAUGAGCGAGUCGAGCAUUUUCCGACCGUGGACGAAAUGGAACGAACUCUGCUGUUCAGCCAGGAUUUCUACGCGAUCGCCUUCGGGACGAACACAUCGGAAGCUCACCUGUCCUACACUAUCCGUACUAAGAACAAUAACUUCCGUACCGGUGAGAUCUACUCCCGCGAUGUGUACGAGAGCUACCUAAAAGAACGUAAUGAGUACUUCGAGAGUGGCUUCCUGGCGUUGCAGUAUGCCCUCGAAAAGUCGUUUGUAGAAAUUCGAACGGGCCUAUCGGAAGAAACGUUGCCCGAGUAUCAGUACGAACACGUGCCACUCUUGGGGCAUAAAGCGCAAGAGUCGUCGGAAAUAUUUUUAGUUAGCAUGAUGCUGGCGGUCUUCAUAUCGGUUGCGUGCACCUACUUGCUGUUGGUUCCACUAGUCGAAGAAAAGGCUUCCGGGAUGAAAGAGUAUCUAAAAAUUGCAACACCCAGCAGCUACUGGAAUGAAGUCGCAAUUUUCAUUUGCACUUUUAUCCACUUGAGUUCGAUUGCAUUCAUUUGCUUGAUUGUCACCAUAAUGGCCAAGAUUUGGGAAGUUACCGCAGCACAGAUGGUGUUUGCUGUUGUUUUGUUACUUCUGUUCGUGAUUUGUACCAUAAGUUUCACCUUUUUCAUCAGCACCUUGCUAAAUUCCGUAACUAUUUCGGCCAUCGUUGCCCCCAUAUGUCAUUUUGUACCCGUAACAUUUGCUUCGGCUCAGAAACGGUUCGAGGGUCCGUUAGCCAUUUUCCCGAUGGUUGGUUACAAAGUUGGGUCGUCAAUUUUGCAUGAUUAUCAGAAUUCUUGGCAUAGUUUCAAAGCCGGCGAUGCACUUCGAGCGGAUUACCCCGGUAACGUGCGGAUAAGCCUGUUGUCAAUUCUAAUAAUACAGUUUUUCGGGAUAGUAGUUUGGAGCUUUCUAUGGUUUUACAUUUCCAAUGUAUUCCCCGGGCAGUAUGGAACUCCGAAACAUCGGCUGUUUUUGUUCGAUCGUACCUACUAUCAGAAAGGUAAGAACAAAAUCAACAGCAAGGGCCAUUCGAGAUUCAUGGAUGACAAUGAUAGCGAGACAAAGGGUGCGAUGGAAAAGAAUGAUCAUUUGGAAGUUGUGCUCGACAUUAAGAAUCUUCACAAGAUUUUUAAGACCAACUUCGGGACGCGAACGGCAGUCAAGAAUUUGUCGUUGAAGAUCUACAAGAAUAGAAUAACGGCACUGCUUGGUCAUAAUGGAGCCGGAAAGACCACAACUAUGAACAUUAUCACCGGAAUGAUAACCCGUACGUCGGGACGAAUAUCAAUUGACGGAGAAGAGAAUUCAAACAACUAUCGACAGCAGAUUGGCUUUUGUCCACAGCACAACGUUGCCUUGGGUUAUAUGAAUUGUCGGGAACAUUUGAAGUUUUUUGGAAGGCUUCGCGGUAUAACAAAAGAGGCAGCCGAAAAGAAGGCUAACCAAAUUUUGGAAAGAGUCAACCUUACCGAUAAGAGCGAAGAAGUUGUUUCUCAUCUUUCCGGUGGAAUGAAAAGGCGAUUUUGUUUGGCUAAUGCUAUCAUCGGAAGGACAAAGUUGCUUAUUCUAGAUGAACCCACUUCAGGAUUGGACCCGGAAUCUCGACGAGAUAUCUGGGAUGUUUUGCUUAAAUUGAAAAAAGAUCAUACCAUUUUGAUAACAACGCAUUUCAUGGAGGAAGCCGAUGUUCUGGGCGAUUGGAUUUCCAUCAUGGAAAAUGGAGAGUUGAUAGCCUUUGGAACAUCGAUAUUCCUGAAACAACAUUACGGAAAAGGAUACACUCUAAAGCUGUUGAAGAAAGAUAUAUUCCAGAAGGAAGCAGUCUUGGCUAAGAUUAGCGAGUACAUAGCUGGUGCCACCGAGAAACCUGUAGUAGAACCAGUGUUCGCGGUAACACUACCCUACUUGAGCAUCGAGCAGUAUGCGCCGUUGCUGAGAGAGCUUGAAGAAAAUAUGGACCAGUUCGGUAUUGCCUCUAUCAGCAUUACAAAUGCAACUCUAGAGGAAGUGUUCUUAAACUCCUCAUCCGAAAACAAAGCCUUGGAAAUUGGACCAAGUUUCGAUUACGAUACUCCUGACGCACCGAUUACGCCCCGCAGUUUAUCUGGUAAUUCUGCGAAUCCAAAACAGUACCAAAAUGAUAUGAAGAAAGUUGCGCUUUCCAUUCUGGAUAAAUGUGCGGCGAUAUACUAUAAAAAAUCUAUCCACAUCAAACAAAAUGCCCAUAUUUAUGGCUUCAUGUCAGUGCUACCGAUCCUAACGACUAUCCUAUGCUUUCUUCUGAGUAGCAGCUACUCACCGAUUGACUUCGAAUCGGUAUCGUUGCACCAUUCAACGGUGGCCAAAGCUUUUGUGGUGAUCGCUCUGAACGAUAAUGAUCGACCGUUCGAUGUAAACGCUCUCAAGAAUGGAUCUUACUUUCGUGAUCUUGACGUGAUUGUUGUGGAAGAACUUAGCAUUCGAGAAUAUCUGGCUGAAGAAGGUCGCAAGGAUUGGAACCGGUAUCACGAUAAAUUAGUCGCUGCGGUUGAAUUUAAUGUAAGCGAAAGGAGUUUGAAAAUGUUGCACAACAACAAUCUGUUGCACAGCUCUGGCAUAGGGGCCAACAUUGGAAGUAAUUUGCUGCUACAUUAUUACGGCUAUCCGCAGAGUGAGGUGACCGUACAGAAUAGUCCUUCGACGCGAAGACUAAAAGUGAACUCUCUAACGGCUUACUUGUUCACCGAAGUAAUUGCUUUGGCGUUCAUGUUUUACAUGUUGCAAUACCUACAAUUACCGUAUUUGGAAAUGUCCUCGGGCUUCCGUCAGGUGCAAAACAUCAAUCGAUACUUGUAUUGGGGUUUCACGUUUCUUAUGGACUUCCUGAUUCACGUGUUGAUUUGUGUGAUAGUAUUUUUCCUCGCACUGAAUAUGGAUCGAGAGAACUUAUUUACCCGGGCUGAGCACGGUCAAAUAUUGGCCGUGCUGAUCCUAUACGGUAUGGCCGGAUUGCUGGUCAUCUACAUCAUAAGCCAGUGCGUCGAUAAGAUGGAUACCGCUGUGACCGUCAUGAGUUACCUGGUAAUUGUGGGGGUUUGUGGAGUGUUUUUGUUAUCAGAUGGCUACGAUCGAAUUCGAGAGAAUAACGGCUGGAUUGGCAUACUCCACCUUAUACCGGAGUUUUCGCUGAAGCACUCCCUCAGGGUCGUUUACGAGAAUCAAAAAUUAACCAAGAUCCAAGCUCUGAUGAAGGAAAAUUCGAUAGAAACAAAGAAUGAUGCGAUUGAAUUAUUAGAUUUGGACUAUAUUUAUUGCAUUACACCAUUCGUUGUGAUCUUGUUGACAUUGAUACUAAACGAAAUUGUAGAAAAUAUCUACCGGAAAGAAAAAAUCCAAGAAAUGUGUUCAAAAACAGCAGCGUUUAAAAAAAGGUGUUUUAAAUGCAGUAGAAAGCAACUCAAAACUGAUGAUCAGCUAGAUUCAAUCGAGCUACAGUCAGCUGUCGUCGAUGACGAUGUAGACGCUGAAUCAAGAUUGGUGAAAGAUAUGACUUCGAAGGAACCUCAUGAUUUUGCACCUAAUACGAUCGUGGUUAAUGAUUUGUCUAAAGAAUAUCUGAGUGUAAAAGCUGUCAAGGGGAUCAGUUUUGCAGUGAAACGCGGAGAAUGCUUUGGACUGCUAGGAAUGAAUGGAGCCGGUAAAACAAGCACAUUCCAAAUGAUCACACGUAAUCUCGCAAUCACUAAUGGCGACGUCUACUUAAAUGAUCACUCAAUAAAACAGACAAGUUAUAGCGUUUAUAAGGACCAAUUUGGGUACUGCCCUCAGGGUGAUUCUCUGUUAGAUUUUAUGACACCAUUCCAGCUGAUAAAUUACUGCGCCAUGAUGAAGAACAUACAUGAACGGGAAAAUCUCAUCAAUCGAUGGUUGACCGAUUUGGACAUAUUGUCAUUUGCCCACAGUCGUAUCAACGAAUGUUCCGGUGGUACCAAAAGAAAAGUCAACACGUUGCUGGCCAUGUUAUGUAAUCCACCUAUCGUUUUUCUGGACGAACCCACGACUGGGGUGGACCCAAAGUCUAGACAUUUCGUGUGGAAUCGCAUCAAAACGCUCCAGCAACAGGAUCAAACCAUCGUACUGACCUCACACAGUAUGGACGAGUGCGAGGAACUGUGCAACCGGUUAACGAUCAUGGUUGCUGGACAGCUACGUUGCAUAGGAUUCAUACAACUAUUAAAAGAGAAAUACGGUAAAGGGUUCAAUCUAUUCCUCAAGCUCAAAUCAAUAGAACAGGAAAGCGAUCCGCUGAAACAGGAAAUUCUUGAAAGACUUUCGGGCGAACUUAAGGAAGAACACGAUGGUUUGCUCAAGUUUCUGAUGCCGGAACGAGUUCAACUGUCCACACUGUUUGCUCAGAUGGUUGAAAUCAAAGCGAAAUACGACGAGUUGAUAAGCACCUUUUCCAUCAAUGAAACAUCGCUUGAGGAUAUUUUUCUCAACUUUCGACCGAAGCCGAUAUCGCAAAACAGUUCAACGGUCGAUGAAACUGGUGAUCGUUCCAUGUUAAAAAAUCUAAAAAAAAUCAUUCACCUUUAAAGGGCCCCAUACAUUAUGCCAACAUUUGCGCAAAUGCGAUGGAAUUCAGCAAUUGCGAAUACAAAUCGAUCAUCUUUGGCGCUAUAUGAGUACAUGUGCAUCCGGUUUACGUGGGAUUGGUCAGAAUCGAAAUAUAACCCUCGUUGGAGUACGUGUUUCGUCAUGUUUGGUGCAGUUUGAGUAGAUUUUUGGCCAUUUCGGUAUUUUGCUACAGCAGCUUCAUAGACGAUCCAAUUUUUUUUCGCGAAGGCAAAAUUUCAUCGCAUUUGCUCAGAUGUUGGCAUGAUGUAUGGGGCCCUUGAAGGUUCCAAUACUUUAUGCAAGGGAGUAUGACGUUUGGCAUAACGCAAUUUGGCAAAUGUUCAUUUUGGCAUGACGGUCAUAUAAGCCAUUUGGCAUAAUUUAAUUUUCUUUUUCGUAGGAUCGCAUCAAAUUUCAGACAAAAUUAAAAAUUUUAUUUUAUUAAUUUCGCUGUCGGAGGUGACGGCCUUAUUACAUUGGUCUAGGUCUACUCGGGCCUCCUAGGUUUACCUGAAAGCUAUGGAUGAUCCCUUAGCCCCAUCCGUCGCGAAGGACAACAUUUCAUAAAGGUUCGAACGGACAGCGUAAGGAGCUGGUGUUUUAUUUUUAUUUGUCUGCAAUGUGUUGACUUUUUUACAUCCGCGAAAAGUGUGGCGUUCAGACCUAAGCUUAAAAUGACUCGUCACGCUGCGUGCCAAAUGGUCAUUUGCCAAAUGCUCAUUUGUCAAAUGGCUUUAUGCCAAACGUUAUAAUCCCCUUAUGCAAACAUGUGUGCAGAUUCGACAUUUCUACGUCGCCUGUUUGCAUAUAUGUAUGCUAGCCAAUACAGGAUGCAAACAGGUGUCAUAGAAACAUCGAGUUUGCACACAUGUUUGCAUAAUGUAUUGGAAUCCUUAAAGGUUAUGCUAUGCUAUUUUUACCCCUACUCUAUCUGUGAUUUAAAUCUUUCAAAUCAUACUCAAUUUUCUUUUCUGAAGGUGUGUAGAAUGGGAGAAACGCUCUAGUCUCAGUCCACAUCAUGGACUUGGAGAUUCCCUUAAUAACGAGCUAUUCGCCGUUCAACCUUACCGACGUCCCGUCGUUCAAUUUCAGAUGAGUAUACACGAGCUUCAUCUACACAACCUUCGAAUGGCUCCAUGUAGUUCCUCAUCGAGGUCACCUUGCCGCAACGAGGUUACAGCAUCCAUUUGAUGAAUUUUCACAUCCAAAAGAGCAGCAGCAACAGCCAUCAGGAAGUGCAACGUUUCAACUUCGAAGAGAGAAGGCUUUCUAUGGAAGCUUUAUUAUAAAAAAGCACAUCUGCUGAUGUUUGCAUAUCCACCUAUUCUUCAUUCCUAUACAAUUCUUCUAUCUAGAGUUUCUCGGCUUCAAAGAACAUAAGAAUUGAAAACGAUAGUCGAAACGAAGAACAGAAAAUAAUGGUGGUGGGCAUUGAAUCGGAUUCGAAACUCAGAAUUCAGAUGCAGAAUUCAGAUUCAGAAUUCUGGAUUUAUAUGCAGAAUUUAGAAUUUGGAUGUAGAAAUCAGAAUCGGAUAUGGAUUCAGAUUUCAGAUAAGGAAUUCAGAUGCCGAAUUUAUACGAAGAACUCAGAUUUAGGAUUCGAAUACCAAAUUCGCAUUCAGAAUUAUGGUUUUAAAUUUAGAUUCCAAAUUCAGAUGCAGAAUUCAGGUUCAGAAUUCGAAAUCCAUAUGCAAAACUAUGAAUUCAGAUAUAGAAUUGAGAUUCAAAAGUGAAUUCAUAUUAAGAAUUCAAAUUUAAAAUGCAGAAACAGAGUUCGGAUGAAGAUUUCAGAUUAGGAUUCACAUACAGAAUUCGCAUUCUUUUUUUUAUGAUUUUUAAUUUAAAUUCCCAAUUCAGGUCCAGUAUUCAUAAGCUGAAUGAAGAAUCCAGAUUCGGAUAUGAGUUCAGAUUUCAGAUUAAGGAGUCAAAUUUAGAAUUCAGAUUAAGGAUUCAAACACAGAAUUCGCAUUUAGAAAUAUGAUUCAAAAUUCAUAUUCAGAAUUCAGAUACAUAAUUCAGGUUCAGAAUUCAUAUGCAAAAUGAAGAAUUCAAAUGUAGAAUUCAGAUUCGGAUAUGGAUUUAAAUAAAGAAUUUAAAUUUAGAAUUCAGAUUCAGAUGAAGAAUUCUGAUUUAGGAUUCAUUUACAGAAUUAUGAUUUUAAAUUAAGUUUCCAGAUUCAGAUGCAUGAUUCAGGUUCAGAACUCAUAUGCAGAAUGAAGAAUUCAGAUUCAGGAGUUGCAUUCAGAAUAUAAAUAUAGAAUUUAAAUUUAGAAUUCAUAUUCAAAUAUUAGAUGCAUAAUUUAGGUUCUGAAAUCAGAUGUAGAACUCAGUUUCGAAUUUCAAAUUAAUAAUCCAGUUUUAGGAUUUUAAUACAGAAUGAGCAUUCAAAAUUAUGAUUUAAUAAGAUUGCAAAUUCAGAUGCAGGUUCAAGUUCCGAAUUCGCAUUCAAAAUUAUAAUUUUGAAUUUAGAUUAAAAAUUUAGAUUGAAAAUUCAGAUGCAAAAUUCGGGAUCAGAAUUCAGAAUUCAUAUGCAGAAUUAAAAAAUUCAGAUGUACAAUUCAAAUUUGGAUAUGGAUUUAAAAAAAAAAGAACACAAACAUAUACAGGAUCUCAAUGACACUCGGUUCAGUUUUGAGAUUAAGAAUUCAGAAGAAGAAUUCGAAUUUAGGAUUCAAUUUCAAAACUCACUUUCAGAAUUAUGAUUGAGAAUUCAGAUUCAGAAUUUAGAUGCAUAAUUCAGGUUCAGAUUCCUAAUGAAGAGUUCAGAUGUAGAAUGUUAAAUGAUGUACAUGUCUCUUGAUUUUUGGUUUUGUGGUGUACAGUUAAAAAAAACAUUUUGUUAGGAACAAUGAAAGCACCGGAGAAUAGGUUUACUUAGAUCUAUACACUUGUCGAAGGUGUCUCCUGAUCAUAUCCCUUUUCCCCCAUCCCUAAAAAAAUUUUUUUCGCUAGGAUGCAGAGGUGAUCUCGGUCCUAAAGCAUCAAUUUACAUUCUAUCAUCCCUUUCUCUUAUUUUCCUUUCUAUCUAUUAACUACUAGGACGUGGCCGGCGCCGUUAUUGAUGUAUAAAGAGAGAGCAUCAGUUUUGUUCAUUGUGAAUGUGCUGUCAAUCCCAGACACCAUUCUUUUGACCUCUGGGCAAAAUUGAUGGCCUCGGUCAAUCACGGAGUAGCAACCAUUGGUGAUGUAGAAUUCAUUCUACUGAACCACACCAGCGGUUAUGGAAUUCGAAAUGCUUUAGUACUAUUAUGAUGGAAUGAACUAUGGAUAGCAAAAACUUUAUAUCAAUUUAAAAGUAUAAUCCAAAAUUUUUAACGGCAUUUCGGGUUCAAUGACUUUAGGUGGAUGUGAGUAGUCAAUCAAGCUAAGCUAAGCAAAGAAUGAAGAGUUCAGAUGUAAAAUUCAGAUUCGGAUAUAGAUUUCAACUGAAAAAUUGAAAUUUAAAAUUCAGAAUCUAGAUUCAGGAUUGAAAUACGGAAUUCGCAAUCUGAAUUGUGAGUUAGAAUUCAAGUUCAGAACUCAGAAUUCAUAAGCAGAAUUAACAAUUCAGAUGAAUUCGGAUACCUAUGGAUUCAGGUUUCAGAUUAAGAAUUCAAAUUUAGAAUUAAGACUCUGAAUCAAGAAUUUAAAAUUCAGUUUAAGAGUUCAAAUUUUGAAUGCAGAUUCAAAAUCAUGAUUCAGAAUCCAAUUCAGAAUUUCAAUUUCAGAAUAUUUAGAUUCAGUAUUCAUCCUCCACACGACACGCUUUCUUUUACUUGUUACUGCUGCUAUUAAUCCUAUUUCAAUCAACUAACAACCACAGUCAUUCCUAAUCAUAUAAGAUUAACUCAACACUACUACUGAGUUUUAAGCGAAAAAGCCAGCGGCCUUGGCAUAGAGCUUAUACAUUGUAAGCCAAAGGCCAUGAGAUCGAAUCUCGAUCAUGGCACUUUUCUGGAAGUUGGCGAACAUUAGGUUGCAAUUAGGAUCUUCAAAAUGUUUGUGCACUUCAAUGCUAAACCAGUGUUCAACUGGCACUUAACAAUAAUGCCGGUGUAUCUGGAAGCACAAAGUAAAAAAAAAAUGACGAGGGGUAAUACUACAGAAGCUCUAACAAAUGAUUAAACAAGAUUGUGAAACGAUCGUUGAAUGUUUACACAAUACUGAGAACUUUUACUGAACAAACGGUGAGUAUUACCUAACAAACUGUGAAAGAACCCAAGGAAAUUAAGUAAUAGAUAUGUAUUCAAUCAGAAAAAGCGUGACGCAAACUUUUCAGUUUAGAGCUUAUAACAACACAUGUGCUAGGUGCAAGGACUAUAAAAAUCGCUCACUCAUCGAAACGCACAUGAGAAUGCUUCGCCGCCGGCUCGCUAUUCGUUUGUGCUCAAUACAAUCACGAAUAGCAACACAAACGAUUCUACGAUGGCAGUUUCUUUGUUGCUCGUUUUACAAAAUAUUCAUGAGCGAGUCUGAGCAACGGGAUCACGAGAGACUCGUAUUUGCUUCGUGAAAAUUUAGAUACCAAGCUUGCUGUUUGUUUAGAGGAGUAAGUACGUCAGUUCAAAGAAAAAGAAAAAGGAAUCUUUACCAUCCGUACCAUCCGGGCACCGAUCGUUUAAAGAUUGGCUUGUCCUACACAAGUGUACACUGUUGCUGUUGAUGUUAUUGAUGUUCCCUCAAGCUUGUAGCUUAAAAAAGUGACGCACAUUCUUCCGUAGGAAGCAAUAAUAACACCACUAGCAUGAAGGAAAUAUAUUCUUUUGGCUCGGCAUAUUUGCCUGAAAAGAAUAAUAACAUCACUAACAUGGAUUGGCUGUACCGGCCGUAUGCACACUGUUCUUCUUUUUUUUUCAAUUCCUGUUGGCCAACGCUGUUGAAAGCCAACACGGCUUGGCGUCAGUAUUGUUGCUGUUAGUGUUUUUUAAGCUCAAGCUUCGCAAAGGGACGAAGAUUUUUCCACGGGAAGAAAUAAUAUCAUUACUAACACGGCUCAUGAGCGGGUUGGUAAAAAUUUUCACGAACCAGCUCGCUGCAACGCAAUCGUCGGGUUGAUGCUCAACUUUGUGUGCGAAGAGGGAAGCAAAAUAAAAAGGAAUCAGGAACCUUGUUCGUGUUUUCGUUUUGGUCGGGAUUGAUUCGUGAGAACAGGAGAUUCUCGCUCACACCUCAUUCGCGUUCCACGAAAUUCUUAUGAGCAAAAAUCGGAGCGAUGCAGGUUCCGUCGCUCGUAUGAAUGAGUUUUUCAAUCCUU